CAAGUGAACUUAAGCAAACUUACGCAGUUUCAUUUUUUGUAAAAUGAGUCUAUAUAAUUAAAGAGAUCAGAUUAUUGUAAUUAUUAAAGUAAUGCCACGAUAAAUUAGUUUGGACUUAAAAUUAAACCUGUUCAAUAGCUUAAGAAAUACUUCACAUUUGUAGUUAUAUAUUUUUAUCGAAGCAAGGUUUCAGAAUAGCAUCUAUUUUACCAACAAACAUAUUUCAAAAUGACGGUAAUCCAAAAGUUGAUGUCAGGUUUGGUGAUGACGCUCAUAUGUGCUGGAAUAAAAUGCGGAGCUCAACGUGGACCGGGGCGCUCCAAUCAUCUCAGCAAGUUGUUCUUACAUUCAUUUAAACCAACAACGACAGAGGCUCCCUUAUCGGGCGCAAUGAUGAGCAACGUCCUGCCAUCCCCUGCCGCGCCAAUCAGUGCACUUUUCGUUGACGGCAAACGUGAUGUGGAUAUGUCGGAUAAAGACGAAAAAGAACGGCAGCUGGAUACACUGGGUGGUAUCUAUGCCUUUGAUUACAGACCACCUAGAUCUGUGGACGAAUAUGAAGAGGCCCCUGAGUAUUAUUCAGCGGACGAGGACGAAACUGAUCAACAGAAACGAGGCUUUGACACCCUCGGUCAUAUGCAGCUACAUGGCUACAAAAGGGGCUUCGAUACGCUUGGCAACAUGCAACUCCAUGGCUACAAGCGAGGCCUCGACACGCUCGGAAACAUGCAACUGCACAGCUAUUAUAAACGUGGUUUCGAUACGCUAGGCAAUAUGCAACUUCAUAGCUACUACAAGCGCCGUCCCUUUGACACUCUCGGAGGUUCCCGGCUACACUCGGGUUACAAACGCUUCCUGUCGUCACUCGGAGGAACAAAUAUCCACAGCUAUAAAAGGAGCAUAGACGACCAACCCGAAGACAAACGAUUCCUUUCUACUCUCGGUGGUAAUUAUAUCCACAGCGGGUUCAAUCGCCUCGCGGACAAGCGACGGUACCUGUCGACACUCGGCGGAACAAAUAUAUACAACUACAAAAGAGGACUGGAUAGUCUAGGUGGAGCAAACCUUCAUGGGGCGUUUAAACGAUAUCUGAGCUCCUUGGGUGGUACCCACAUUCACGAUUAUGGCAUGAAAAGAACGCUGCCUUCGUUCGGAGAAGUAAAUAAGCAUGGUGGUUUUAAUAUGGCUGGCGACGUGGAAGCUAACCCCGAAAUUUACCCCUUUGAAGUCGAAGAUAAAGACGGCAAUCUCAAUGAUGAAACUAAUGAAGGCGACGAUGUACUUGACAAACGCAGUCUGGAUACGUUGGGUGGCUUUGGAUUGCACCGAUAUCGACGAAGCGAUGCAAAGGUUCAGAACAAAAACGCAGCAAUAAAGUUUGAAAAUAUGCACGACACUUGAAGUGCAAAUCUAUUCCUCUUGGUUACAGAAAAUGUUAUCGAAAAGCCAAGAUAUAAAAAAAUUAGACGUACAGUAUAUCCCGGCAAGACUAUUUAACGAUUUUUUUAAUAUUAAUGAAGUCAGUUUCUCUUUUCGCUGUAAAAAGCAUACUUUUUACUUACGGCUUCUCUGUUAAAUAGUUAAUAUUUAUGCUACCAGCACAUUCCAAUGCGACGAUUAAAUCAAGUUUAACAUAUGUUUUGCAAAACGCUCAUUAAAAAGCAAUUUUGUGACUUUUAUAUCAAUGUAUGCAUACUAAAUAAAACAUGACUCGCUUAA